AUGAGGGACAGACUAAGUCACUUGCAGGCCCUCUCUGACUCUAACGGGCAUCUAGAGGAACUGGAAUAUGCUGAGUCUGUCUCCGAGUCUUCAUUCAGCAAUGUUGACUUGGAGGAUGACUUCCCACAGCAAGCUGUCAUUUUUGACAAUAGUGAUGACAUGGAGACUGUGUUUGACGAGGCACAGGACAUUAGAAAGGAAAUUCAGCUCAUUCGUCUGGAUGUAAAACGUCUUCGGGAGCAGAACAGUCGAAUACUGAGUGAGCCAACCCGCACCAGCACCAUUAAACGAGAUUCAAAUGCGAUUGCCUGUGACAUAAAGUCUCGCGGGGAGGACACGUUGGCACGUCUUCGCAAAAUGGAUGCCCACGCCAAGGAACUGGAGGAGGAACACGGUGUUAACUCAGCUGUAGCACGCAUUGCUCGUACUCAGUAUGCUGGCCUUAGUAAUAAUUUUCGCGAUGCCAUGAUGGACUACAAUGAGGCGGAAAUGAACCACCGAGAGACUUGCAAAGCUCACAUCCAGAGGCAGAUGGAGAUCGUUGGACGGGAGGUCACAGGAGAUGAGAUCGAGGAGAUGCUGGAGAACGGUCAGUGGAACGUCUUCACCGAAAACAUUCUGACUGAAGGCAAAACGGCACGUUCCGCUCUUAAUCAGAUCGAGAGCCGGCAUCGAGACCUACUGGAGCUGGAGAGCCGAAUCAAAAGUAUCCACGAGGUGUUUCUGGAUGUGGCCAUGCUUGUGGAGGAGCAAGGGCCAAUGAUAGACUAUAUUUUCACCAAUGUCCAGAAGACAGAUGCAUUGCUGGGGGAGGCACUGAUUAGGCUUGGCAAAGCCAAGAGGCACGACAAAAACAACCCAUUUAAAAAGAUGUUCUGUGGGUGCUUCCCAUGCUUCAAGUGA